UGUUGGUUCUAUCGUCUCUUUUCGUUUCUCUUCUUUACCAUGACUCCUGACUCUUCCUAUGCGUUUCCCAGGGUGCAUGUGCACAGUGUCAACCCCCAUCACCGGUGAAGUUUUCCAGACAUCAUUCCUGCACCUGCAACAUAAGUGACAUCAUGUUGAUGGUGUCUACUGCCGCUGAUCCAACAUAUUGACCCAACGUCUGCAACAUGCUGCUCUCCGGCUCCGCCGUCAAAGUCAUGUCAUGCAGUAGUACGCACCUUUUAGGUUUGCGGAAUUAGACCUAGAAUCACUCACGCAUCGUUUACCACUUGUUUGCAGAUCGUCUGCUUCUCUCUGUUCUUUGUCAGUCACUCACUAGCUCCAACACGUAGUCUAUCAAGCAUACUUUCUCUCUACAACACCAUUCACAAUGCAUUCCGGCACACUGCUUACCGUGGCUCUUGCCACGUUCGGUCUCGUCCAGGCCGCCGACUCUCAAGAGUAUGAGACACCUUGCGCCACACAAGACACCACUGUGACAAAGAUCAGCCAAGUCGUGUACCCAGCUUCCUCUGUCAUGAGCGCGUGGCCGACCGUCAUCCCUUCCCCAGUCAUCACGGCGCGGGCCAUGUUCCAAGCCCGCCAACAGCAAGAUGAGGGAUAUUAUAGCGAUGAUAAUUGGGAAUCGAAACGGAAGGCCGGCGUCUCCAAGGCGAAGCAGGCGGCGAAGAACGGCAGGAAGAAGGCAAAGAACGGCCAGGACAAGGGAAAGCAGGCGGCGAACGGAGGCCAGCAGGGAGGCCAGGGCGGCGGAGGCGCGCAGCGCGUUCCGGCCGCGGCUAUCGUCAAGCGUGGUUGGGAGUACGACGUCGCUUCGGCCCAGUCGGCUGCUUCUUCGGCCAGAUCUGUCGCCUCUUCGGCCAGGUAUGUCGCCUCUUCAGCCAGGUCUGUCGCCUCUUCGUACGAGUUGGAGGCCUCGGCGUACGAGUUGUCGGCCUCGGCGCACGAGUGGGAGGCCUCGGCGCACGAGUCGGUGGCCUCGGUGUACGAGUCGAGAGCUUCGGCGAUCUCAUCGUCGGCAGUGGCGGCUACUGAGACCGUGGUACCGGAGGUGGAGGAUGACGGCUGGGACAACGACUGGGACGAUGACGAGUUUGUGUCCAAGGCUGGCUCCGCGUCCAACACGAUUUCCUCCACCACGACUUCCUUCAACACAACUUUUACCAGCGCCUUGGCCUCAUCUAGCCCAACGUCCAGCGCCAACGACUGUGAGGAUGACGACCCUGCUUUCGGGGCCGGCUCUGCGAUCAGCAUGAAUUUCACCAGCACGGCUCUCACCAGCACGCCUUUUACCAGCACGGCUACCUUCAACACGACUUUCUCCACCACGACUUCCUUCAACAUGACUUCCACUAGCACCUCGGUUGUGACCAGCCCCACCUCCACUAUCGACGACGGGGAGAAUGACAACUUUGACUUCGAGGCCGGCUCUGCAACUAGCACGGCUUCUUCCAGCACGGCUUUUACCAGCGGCACCGCUUUCACCAGCACUACUUUCACCAACACUACUUUCACCAGCACUACUUUCACCAGCACGGCUUCCUUCAACACAACUUUCACCAGCACCUUGGUCACGACCAGCGCCAUGUCCAGCUCCACGUCCAGUAUCGACGACUCCGACGGUGACGAGUCUAAUUCCAAGGCCGACUCUGCGACCAACCCGCCUUCCACCGACGCGACAUCCACCAACGCUUCGAGGACGCCAACCAGCCAGACGUCCAGUGGCAACGGCGUUGCGGUUUCCGAGGGGCACAGCGACGGGGUUGCGGCCACCUGUCUUGUUGCGAUGGUCGUUGCUUUGGCGAUACUGUAAUGGGAUUUUGUGCCCCUUUUCGUUAUCUUCUAUGUUUAUGAAUGGGUUUGUCCGAGACGGAAGGGAUGAGGAAGUGUCUUGAACUUUGAUAAGAGUAACCGUGUUUGUUGGGUGAGUAGUGAGGGAGUGUGAUGUACUAGGAAGA